AUGUCCACUCAACUCGACCCCGCCUCUAUCGCCCUUGUCUCCUUACACGACCCCAAACACUUGGGCAUCCAGCACUCCCAGACCUUGCACCGCCUAGUGCUCCUGCAGCACUGGAACAUUCCCACUGGCUCCAAGGUGCUGGAACUAGGAUGCGGGCAAGGGGACUGCACGACUGUCCUUGCCUAUGCUGUUGGCGAGCAGGGGAAAGUAGUCGCGGUCGAUCCGGCGGAAUUGGAUUAUGCUUUUCUAACCCUGCUGCUUGUCCUGGGGUCGCGAGCGGAAAGCAGCCGACUAAUGGCUCCUGCAGGUGCCCCGUAUACUCUCGGCCAAGCACAGGAUCACAUCUCGCAAGGCCCGCUGGGUGGGCGGAUUACUUGGGUCCAACAAACCCCCCUGGACUACCUCUCCGCCAUUUCCUCCCCCUCUUCCUCUUCCUCGCCGCCCACCAGCGAAAGUAAGGCCUUCGACGCAACAGUGCUCGCCCACUGCCUAUGGUACUUCACCUCCCCCUCGCUCAUCCUUUCCACCUUCCGCGCCCUCAAGCAGCACAGCAGACGUCUCCUCCUUGCUGAGUGGUCUUUGGUAGCGACACACCCCUCCGCCCAGCCCCACGUAUUAGCUGCGCUUGCCCAGGCAGCACUAGAGUGCCAUAAAUCCGAGAACAGCGACUCGAACGUCCGCACCGUGCUGGGGCCAAAGCGGCUUACCGAGCUAGCUCUGGCUGCCGGGUGGCAGCUAGAGGGUGAGACCCUCGUGCAAGGUGGGGAGGGGUUGUUGGACGGGCAAUGGGAAGUCUCUGCUUGUCUUUCGUCCUCCUUCGAAAGGGAAGUAGAGGAGUUUGUGAGUGAUGAGAGGGAACGGGCAGUGGUUCUUGCAUCACGGGAUGCGUGUGAGGCGAGCUUGGAGGGUAUACAGGGGGGUCGGAAAGGAGUUAGGGCCAUGGAUGUUUGGGCUGCUAACUUCGUCUGA